AUGCAACACAUUUACUAUCAAGAUUUGACUUUAGAGGAGCUGACAAAGAAGACAUUACAAUACACACCAUUAAGUUGUGGUCUUUCUCCACAGGGUUUUCACGAUGAGAUUCGGUUCAACAUCUGUAUGUCGACAAUAGGCCCGCAUUGUGUGAUCUGUAAUCUACUCAAACCCUAUCAACUCAUGCCAAACGCCCGCUUAUCAGACCUGGAGUCGUGGUCUCCGCCCAAAUCGAGUCAAAUUCUGAUACCAAGCCUUGCCUUUACCUCUAAAGUCAAAGAUGAGAACACUUUACUUGAUUCCAGAGAUACUUCCCCUUUGAUUGUGUGCAUUGACUGCAGAAUAUGUGUUCACUCAGUGUGUUAUGGAGUUUCAAACCUGUUGUUCGAUGGAUCGGAGCGGAACUGGCGAUGCGAUCGGUGUAUAAACAGAGAGUUUUUUGCUUUUUGUAGUCUCUGUCCCAUAAGAGGCGGUCCACUCAAGCAGACAACAGAAAUAUGCGGAGAGAAGCAAUGGGUGCACAUCUCGUGUGCUCUUCUCAUUCCUGACGUGAAGUUUGUGAACGGAAUCGACAAAAAACCUAUUGAUUUGUCCGAAUUAAAGAAAUCGCGACGAACUGAUAGAGCGGGAUGUAUUUAUUGUCGAAAAGAGAAUCCGGACAAUAAAAUGGUGGAUUAUUUUUCUGGUUAUUGUGUUCAAUGCAAGUGUUUUGCGUCAUUUCACGUGACGUGCGGACACAGAAACGGAGUGGUGUACGCGGCCGGUGAUUGGCCCGAACCCAUUACUAUUGCUUGCAAAAAGUGCUCAAAUGUAGCGCAAAAUAAUAAAAAGAAAUUAAACGAUCGAGUCUUAAAUGAUGUACAAAAUGGUGAGACAGUGAUAGCGAGGCAUAAGAAUAGUCGCUUCUAUAAGGCGAAGAUUGUCAAUAAGAUAGAACAGGUGUUUCACCAUGUCCACUUUGACGACAAUUCAUUCACUGAACAACUCAAAGGAUCAGACUUUUUGAACCGGAACUGCGAAGAAGAUCCGCCAGAAAUUGGAGAUGCAGUGGAAGUGAUUUGGAACAAAGAACAUCUUCACGGCAAUUAUACGGGAAGACACAGUUUUGUUGUGUACGCCAUUGCCUUCGAUGACGAAUCACUGAUUAAAGUGAAAAGAGAGGACUUUUAUCAACUAACCGAAGACCUGCCGAGACGUGUGAAAUACAAACUGUCGAAGGCAACAGAGAGACAGUACGGCAACAGCGAAGACAGCAAUUCACUCGAAUCACGUCAUUAGAGUUAUUUAACUAAAUAUUUUACUUAUAAUGUAUUUAAUAUUUUUAACAUGAAAUACGAAUCAA